UUCCGUGCUACUUUUUCGCUGAAGAUAAGAGAUUAUAUUAAGUUCCACGCGGAAGCUGGGCUGAAUGUCCGCAAAAACUAUCCUCUUAAUUUUUAGUUCAUUCUUCAAUAUCGUUGGCUAAGUUAACGUACGGAGUUGUUGAAAAUUACAAGAUGCAUCUUUUGGAGACUCUGUUUUCACUGCCGCCCCUGCUGUACGCGCCCCUUCUUGUGGGAUCCCUGUGCUUGGUGUUCAACUACCUGGUCUACUCGCGGCGCGUGGCCCAGUGGCGAAAGUCGAACAUCCCUUUCCUGAGCCCGAGCUUCCUCAUCGGGCACAAGUACUUCUGGGGCGUCGGGAGCAACUCCGCAACUGUCGUCCCCCUCGAUCGCAUCUACCAGGAGAAUAAAGACAAAGACCUCGUCGCUUUCUUCGUCACCACCAUGCCGGUCGUUCUGCUUCGAAAACCGGCACUUAUUAAGCAGGUAUUCGCGAAAAACUUCAACGAAGCGUUCGAAACCGGGUGUGCGGUAGACGAUGAAAGUACACCGCACUUGCUGAGCCAAUCUCCAAACAAAAGUCUUUGGAAGGCUCAUAGAAACGCGCUAUCGCCCAUGUUCGCAACGACGAGGCUUAGCGGUGAGGGAUUCGCCAAGAUCAGGAGCCACAUUGCCCACAUGUCGGCCCAUGUUGAGGAGAAGCGCCUUCAAGGAAAGCCUAUCAGCACCAAAGAGGUGGCAAUGAACUUUGUACAGGACAUCAUUUCCAACACCUUUCUUGCUUUGAACGACAACUCGUAUGAAAAGAAGGGUGAACUUCGUAAGUUCCUUGAAAGUUUUACGGAGCCAGGGUGGAGCAACCUACUGAAAGUAUUUGCUCAGCUGUACCUUCGAGGAAUCUCGAAAUUGGAACCUUUGCAGAUCGUCACUACAAAGCACAUUGAAUCAAUGAGGAGUUUGCUUCAGAAGCAGAUGGAGCAGAGGAAUCAGAGCGAUGGCAAUGAAAAUGACCUCAUCGAUCUCCUCAUCAGGCUCAAAGAACAAGACCAAGAUAGGAAAUCGGACUCAGAGAUGGACGUCACAAAUGAAAUGAUCAGUCUCGGAUUGUCCUUGCUGCUGGGAGGUAAUCUGGGCGCUGCUGUAGUCGACAACAUGAUGAGUUUUACCAUGCACCUUUUGUCCCUCUACCCGGAGUAUCAGGAGCGAAUAAGACAAGAGGUGGAGGAGGUCAUGAAAAAGCACAACACUACAGAAUUUACUUACGAGGUUGUUCGCGAUCUUCAGUUCCUCAACCAGUGUCUACGCGAAACGGCACGCCUAUACCCUAAUACCUCAGCGUUAUCGAGGGUCUGUACGGAGGACUUCACGCCAGCUGGCACAGACUAUAAUUUCAAGAAAGGCGAGCGUAUUGUUGUCGACCCUUACUCCAUCCAUCGGGAUCCAGAAUACUUCGAGAACCCGGAUGUAUUUAACCCAGACCGUUUCAGCCCGAAAAACAGGGACAGCAAAUCAAUCGAUGCUUUUCUUGGCUUCGGCAAAGGACCUCGAAAAUGUCCAGGUAACAACGUUGGUCUUCUGAUAGCGUCGACUCUGAUUGGCUCUCUGGUGCAAAAGUACGAGGUUAGACCACACUCUCACUUGAAGCAAAUGGAUGCUUUCGAUUUCCAUCCCCGGAGUUUCGCCAUCGUCCAUAAAGAUGACGUCCUCGUGGACCUCAUGCCCCGAGAGGUUCUCGUCCAUUGAGCACUGAUUGGUGCACUGUAUUGCCGAAAGCCAUGAACCAAUGGCAAUUUUCGGAAGUUGGUAACGAUGCAGUUCAUCCGUUCAAGUGCAUCAUACUAUCGAUUAAAUAUUUAUGAGAAGGCAUGCCAUGUGAAACAUUGAAUGCCUCAGGUGUAUUUGUAUGGAUAAUAGAACUGACAGCAUUACAAACUUGCGAGAUUGCCUCCGCCUAAAAAAGUACCUAAAAUAUUAAUUCACAAUAAAUAUGUUAUUAUAAAUGAUAAACUGAUGUUAUUAAACUUACUGCUUGAGUUUUA